CUCGGUCUCGGUUCGAGUGCCGGGUGAGCCGAGCCGAGAGAACGUGUCAAAUGUGAACGUGAACAUAGUGCGAGUGGAUUCGCCGCCAGGUUUCGAGGUGAACGGUGGCGUACAAACGGAUAGGGAGAGGAGCGUCGCGAGUGCCGAGUGCCAGACGGAGGAACCGGCGCGACGGCGCAGGCCGAGGAGAGCGCGGGCGCCGCGCGCUCCUGACCCCGCGCUAGAGAGCGUGCCCCCGCCGCCCUACAGCACGCUGCCGCCGGCCGUGCACCCGCUGCCGGUGCACCCGGUACCCGUGCCUGUUGCUGUGCCGGUGCCCCCGGCGCCCAUCGUUGCUGCGCACCCGCCGGCGCACCGGUUCCCCUUUCAGCCGAUCCCGCUCAGAUCAGGGCGAGGUGCGGCAUACGCGUGCUCCGAGGGCGAAGGCAACGCUCCCAAGUCAUGCUGUGGCCGGCCGCCGCUGAGACUGUGCGUGCUGUUCCUCGGCGUGGUGGGUGCUUGCCUGGUAGCCGCCGGCGCAGUCCUCGGUGCCCUCAGGCCGCAUCCAAGAGCACCUCUUACAUUACUGCUUCUAAUGAUAGGGAUAGGCGUAGUGCUCGUGACAGCAGCGGGACUGGCGUGGAGGUUGGGUGCAAGGGACGCACCAUGCGCACUGCUCGGGCUGCGGCGCGCGUCAUGCCGGCGCUUCGUGCCGCGCCUGCCACCCAGCUACGCGCGCCCGCAUCACCCGUACGCAGCUAUGCUCUACCCGGAGUUCCAUUACAGGCCGCCUCCACCCACCUACCAAGCUUCAAUGCAGGAGUAUAGACUCAGGUUACUUCUUCUUGACAGAAGUGUGCCAGCGGUGUCGCCGCCACCCACAUACAGAUCAAACUCAGCCAGUCUAGUCAGAGGAACCACAGGCGCCACGUGGUGCGGCUCGGAGUAUAGUGGGCCGCCGUCAUACAGAGCGCCACGCGCUGAACCUCCGCCCGCCGUCACCGACGUGCCUUCCCCCAUCGACCUCAAGUACUCAGGGGAAUCUAUCGAGUCCCCCCUACCCGAACAGAAGGACCCUGAUGAACAUCUCGUCACCAUAGUGCACACAGAAGCCCAACCCGUCAUAGUAACAGUGUCUGGCUCACCGGCGCUCAACGAAACUCACAUCACGCAUACCUCUGAAAUCGAUAUAUUAGCCCAUUUAUAACGAAAUAUUGGUUAAUCUAUGUGUCUGAAAAAAAGCUUUACGAGAUUUUGAAUCCGAAAAAAUUAUAAAUAUAAAAGUUAUAAAAACCAUAAUAGAGAUCAAAAAGGAAAUGCAAGUUUAAAGUAGAAUUCAUUUUACUAACGGAAAUUAUGUUCAACCUGUUAAUUAUUAUUUAUUUCGUUAAUUUACAAUUA